CAAGACAAUACUAAGGAGGAUGACAAAAUAAGGUAUUCAAAAAAUAUGAUGUUAUCUAUGGAUAAAAUAUUGAACGUAACAAGGAAAAAAUUUAACCGUCUUAAACAAUUGGUUGUAACGUUUCCUUAUACUCAAAGAAUUGAAUUCAAUCCUGACAUCAAAUGUUUCAUUCUUCGUCCAGCACUUUCCGAAACUUUCAGGUACUUCCCACAAAACAAAGGCGAUUUCCCUUCACGUAUGGAUCAGUUAAAUAAUUAUUUUGAUCUUAUCAACAAUACAUUUAUUCACAUGUCACCUACGAUAAAAUCGGGUUUAACUAUUCGGGAAUUGACUGCACCUUUUGCAUCUUUCACAUUAAGGGGUGAUCCCACGAUAGAAAUUAGUCCGUCGACCGUUUUGAAAAACCAUCUUGACCUGUGUCGAGAACCUUUCUGUGAAAUGAUCCCUCUCAAAGAGUCUUUAAUUCCUUAUUCUCGAGCACCUACUGUUGAAAUUCAAGGUGCCAUGUUUUUCCAUUCCGCUACAGAACCAAAAGAGAAAAUCCCACAAGAUUCAACUCAGUUAAUCAUCAAACAUAUUAUCCAAAUAUGCUCUCGAUGUUCGGUUCAAACUCAUUCUAGCUUUGAUUGUCCUUCACAAAAGUGCAAAUAUUGCUCUAGCUUGGAGCACACCGGUCCACAAUGUGCCGUAUUCAAGAGUAUGUAGGUUCACCUACUUUUCAACUUCUCUAGCCUUGUUUCAUAUAUGAUUUUCUUCAAUUAAUAUCAAUGUAUCUAAAUUGCAGCCUCAAUUAACCCUUUUUUCAAUGAAAAGUAUUUAUGCCGCAAAAAAAGUUGCUUCCCAAAUUAAUUUAUUCACCAGUUUAAAGGGAUAUCCAUACAACAUUUAUGGCCUUCUUACCAAUGAGUUGGCUGAUUGAGAUCUUUCC